AGAGGCGACCAUUAAAAUAAAUUGGGGGUUUGACAAGCUUUUAUGGGAAGAGCUGACACACUCAACCGACAGCGCGAGAGCUAGAGAGAGAGCGAGCAGCGAAUCGACACCGACUUUUAUGGAGUUUCUUCAGUUGCCUCAGUAACAGUCUUUUUUCUUUUUCUUUAAAACAAGUAUCAGCGGGAAAAACAAUCAAGUCAAAUAAUGGCUUCUAGAGUGGGUUUCCCCGUCAACUCCACCACCCCAAUAAACCCCAAUAUGAACCCUAUGAACCCAAGUCACAGCAGCGCCAUGAGAAUGCCAGCAAUGCCGCAGAAUUCACCCUACAGAGGGCUGACCAGCACACCGAACCAGUACCACCAACGCCCAAGCAUGCCACCUAACCGAGGAGUGCCAAUGGGGGGCAUGGGGUCAAUGGGUUCCACCCUGCCUGGUCCAUCUUAUAGUGGAGCCAUGCCCAUGCGACCCGUGAUGUCUCAAGCUCCAAUGGACCCCACUCGCAAAAGACUCCUUCAACAGCAGCAGUCAGGGGGCCUUAUGGGUCCCAGAAGGGGGGUCAAAAGGCGUAAGAUGGCUGACAAAGUGCUCCCACAGAGGAUCAGGGAUCUGGUCCCAGAGUCUCAGGCUUACAUGGACCUUCUGGCCUUUGAGAGAAAGCUGGAUCAGACCAUCGCUCGCAAACGCAUGGAGAUACAGGAGGCCAUCAAAAAGCCUAUCACGCAAAAACGCAAGUUGAGAAUCUACAUUUCCAACACCUACACACCUCCCAAACCAGAGGGGGAGGAGGCUGACAAAGUGGCAUCCUGGGAACUCCGAGUGGAGGGCAAACUCCUGGAGGAUCCUGGGAAACAGAAGAGAAAGUUUUCAUCCUUCUUUAAAAGCCUGGUCAUUGAACUGGACAAAGAACUUUAUGGCCCAGACAACCACUUAGUGGAGUGGCACAGAAUGCCCACAACUCAGGAGACGGAUGGCUUUCAGGUAAAGAGACCAGGUGACGUGAAUGUGAAAUGCACUCUGCUUCUCAUGCUGGACCAUCAGCCUCCGCAGUAUAAGCUGGAUCCUCGUCUUGCUCGACUCCUGGGCGUCCAUACUCAGACCAGAGCUAGUAUCAUGCAGGCCCUGUGGCUCUACAUCAAAAACAACAAGCUGCAGGACUGCCAUGAAAAAGAGUACAUUAACUGCAACCGAUACUUCAGACAGAUUUUUGGCUGCUCCAGGAUGAGGUUUUCGGAUAUCCCCAUGAAGCUCGCUAGCCUCCUUCAACACCCUGACCCCAUCGUCAUCAACCAUAUCAUCAGUGUGGAUCCCAAUGAUCAGAAGAAGACUGCGUGUUUUGACAUUGAUGUUGAGGUGGAUGACCCACUUAAGGCUCAGAUGACCAGUUUCCUGUCAUCAACCACCAAUCAGCAAGAGAUCGCUGCCCUGGAGAUGAAGAUCCAUGAGACCAUUGAAUCCAUCAACCAGCUGAAGACCCAAAGAGACUUUAUGUUGAGCUUCAGUAAAAACCCACAGGAGUUCAUCCAGGACUGGCUCAAGUCUCAGAGCCGAGACCUCAAGUUAAUGACAGACACUGUGGGGAACCCAGAGGAGGAGCGGAGAACUGAGUUUUACCACUCACCCUGGGUCACAGAAGCAGUUGGACGCUACAUUUUUUCAAAGGUCCAACAGAGACGACAGGAAUUGGAACAGGUACUAGGAAUCCGUCUCACUUAAGAGUCAGACUCCAAAUGUGCUGACACUCGAGGAAUACAGCUGGUAAUGAAGCUUUCUGUUUGAGAUUGAAUAGAAACACUUCAUAUAGAUGUUUUUGGGUGUGAGUAUUGUUUGGAAAUUUUGAACAUAUUGCACUGUUAUAAACAGCUUGUCAUUUGCAGCAUUUGCAGAUUGUACCGUGACACAUUUCUGCUCGACAAAUCUAAAAUGCUGUUACAAAGUUUAACUGGAACUCUUCAGUUAUAUAUCCUUCUCAUUUAAUUCAUUUACCGAGCUUCUCUUGUGUAUUCUGAAAAUGUAAUAUGAAAAUAAGCCAUCUAUUUCAUGUUUGUCAGUUUUUUGCUUUUUUUUUUUUUACACAAGUGUCAAUUUUUUAUUGCAUCCUGUUCUUGUUUAUCUAUAUUUUGUAAAUUUUACAGUAUGAUGUACUGUAUGUUGUUGUCAGCUAAAACCCUACAGAUAACAACAGAUGCAAACAGAUGUCUGUGUGCCAUUUUAUUUUUCUUUACUUAUGAUGAAGUAGACUAGUAUGAAAAGGAAUUUUUUUGGUUUGUUUUUUCCUAUAAUACACAAUAUUCUGGAUUUUUCUAUUUGGUCUCUCAGGAAAAUAUGUGCUGCGCUAUUCAAGAUCCAUGUUUGCUUGUCCCAAUGCGAAAUGAAGCACAUUUGGUAGCACAGAUGUUCCAGUUCACUAUACCAGACUUGUUGUCUUCAUCUUGUUUGUGUUUGUUGUUUACAGAUACACACACACACACAUAUAUAUAUAUAAUAUUAUUUUUAUUUUUUUUGUACAACAGUGCUCUGAUUUGUGAAUGAUUGAGCUUAGUUGUGUAAGCCAUCAGUAUAUUCUUAUGUUUCAGGUUUUCAAAGCCAUAUUUUGGAGUUUUUAAUUGGUUUAAUAUUAUAGUGUUCAGGAUGUACUUCUACAUUCCAAACCCCAGUUGGGAAUUUUCUGUUUGAGUGUUGGAUUUAUUAAUAUGUUGCUAUUCAUGUUGGUGUAGUCAAUUCUGCUUUUGCAAGUAUUAAUGGUUGCAAGUAGAAUAUUCUGGGUUCAAUACUAUAAGCUUUAUGGACUGCAUCUGUGGCAUGCAUUUGACUACACUUAAUCUGUUGAUUAUCCCUCAGUUAUUAAAAAGAAACGAUGUGCUUGCAAUUGAAAUCUUUGGACUUCUAGUGCUUUUCUGUGGUACGAGUAGAAAAUAUUUUUGAUGUCAAUAGAGCUGAACUUGUAUUGAACCCGGAAUAUUCCCUUUUAAUGGUUUAAUUUUGUUUAUAACCUAAUUUCUCAGACAGUUUUAUUGCUGAUCUGAAAUGCAACAAGCUCUUAAUCUUUUUUUUUUUUUUUUUUUGUUAAUGCAAUUAAUUUCAUACAACUUAAAGGUGCUGUAAACAAAUUAUUUUAUUUUAUGAAAUGACAAGCAGAAAAUGCUUCUAUUUCCUGAAAGAUAUUAAUGAAAUGGGUACAAUGAAAUAUCACACCUGUCUCUGUAAAUGGUGAAAAAAGCAACUGGCUGUGGACUGCGGUCAGUUUGACUUGUCAAUACACGCCAAGUUUGAGAACGCUGUUUCGCUAAGUGAAGUUCUAGAACUGUUAAAAUCGCUUACAACACCUUUUAAGUUCUGCUUUAUAUUUAUAUAUCAAUCAAUUUUUAUACUAUUUUUAACUGGGAAAUUGGAGUAUUUUAAACAAUAAAGUUGUUACACAAAGGGGAA